AUGGCUGAUAACCGUACUUUGAGGGAAUUGGCAACGCCAAAUACGGAUCAACAACCAUUGUGCAUCACAUAUCCAAAUGCAGAAGGAGGAUUUGAGCUCAAGUCUGGCAUGAUUCACUACUUGCCUAAGUUCCAUGGCUUUUCAACAGAGGAUGCCAACAAGCAUCUCAUGGAGUUUCACGUGGUAUGCUCAGGAAUGAGACCAGCAAAUGUGAAUGAGAAGCAAGUCAAGUUGAGGGCAUUUCCAUUUACAUUAGAAGCUAAGGCAAAAGAGUGGCUUUACAAUUUACCUCCGGGAUCAAUGAACACAUGGAACCAGGUAAAGCAAGCAUUCUUGGAGCAAUAUUUUCCGGCCACAAAAGCCGCAAGCAUAAGGAAAGACAUAUCUGCAAUUCGACAACAACAUGGAGAGCCCUUUGGAGAUUACUAUGAGCGGUUCACGCAUUUGGUUGCAUCUUGUCCUAAUCAUCAGAUUUCAGAGCAUCUUUUAAUACAGUACUUUUAUGAGGGAUUGUGUGGUACUAAUCAUGUAAUGCUUGAUGCAGCAAGUGGAGGAGCAUUCAUGGACAAAACACCAACUAAUGCUAGGGCAUUGCUAAAGAACAUUGCUGGCAACACACGACAAUUUGAAGGGAGAGAUGAGCUACCUUUUAAGAAAGUUAAUGAGGUUAUGGUGCCUCCAAAACAGGUGUGUGGUGUAUGUUCAAUGAUGGGACAUGCCACGGACAUGUGCCCUUUGUUGAUGGAUCAAGGUGGUCAUGAGCAAGCUAAUGCGUUACGAGGGUUUCAGGGGCAACAAAGGCAAAAGUAUGAUCCAUACUCCAACACUUAUAAUGUGGGGCAGCGCCAUCAUCCACACUUCAAGUGGAGUAAUCAAGACAACGGACAACAAUCUGUUCCCAACAACUAUAACCGUCCACCUGGCUUCUCUCAAGCAAGACCUCAUGCACCAUUGCAGCCUCAACAGCAACAACCUCCAAACAAAGCAAUUGAGAACCUUGAGCGCCAAAUGAGUCAGUUAGCAAGUUCGAUGGGGCAACAACACCAGCCAGGAAGGUUGCCUAGCCAAAUUGUGCUGAAUCCAAAUGCGGAGCAAAUGAAUGUUGUGACUUUAAGGAGUGGAAAAGAAGUUUUUGAGCAGCCAAGGAUGCAAAAAAGGAUUAGAAAAGAUACAAAUGAGCAAGGGGAGCAACAAACCAAAAAUUUUGAGCAAAAUGAGGCUUCAACAGAAACUGAAGAGUCUCCUAAAGCUACAGAAUUGAGCAAAAACAAUUCUGAUAAGGUAAGUAAAGAAGUUCAAAAUUCAUUUAACUCAUGUGUCCCUAUUCCUUUCCCUCGCAGGUUUAUGAAGUCUAAGAAAGAGCAAACUGAUAAGGAAAUCAUGGAUACUUUUCGGAAAGUCCAAGUGAACUUACCUCUUUUAGAUGCCAUAAAACAAGUGCCCAAGAAGCUACCACCGAAGUUGAAGGAUACCGGUAGCUUUACCAUUCCUUGUGUAGUCGGAGGGAAAGAGUUUGGGAGAGCAUUGUGUGAUUUGGGGGCAUCUAUCAAUCCGAUGCCAUAUUCAGUGUAUGAAUCAUUGGACCUUGGAGAGUUAAAGGAAACAACGGUAGUAAUCCAGUUGGCAGAUCGUUCAAAUAGAUAUCCUAAAGGCCUAUUGGAGGAUGUACUUGUGCAAGUGAAUGAGCUCAUUUUUCCCGCUGAUUUUUUUGUUCUUGAGAUGGAACAUGACCCUAUGCCUACUGCACUUCCUCUUAUAUUGGGAAGACCAUUCCUUAGAACGGCACGUACGAAGAUUGAUGUCUACGAUGGUACCUUAACCAUGGAAAUUGAUGGAGAAAGUGUCAAGUUCAGAAUCUUCGAUGCCAUGAGGUACCCUAGUGAUUUUGCAUCUUGUUUUUCUAUUGAUGAGUUUGAUUAUUCUGUGCAGCAUUGUUUUAAUAAAGAUGUGGGACAAGAAAAUUUAGAGAAGGUGUUAGAGCAUAGCAUUACACAUGGAACACUUAAUUAUUCCGAGCACAUUGAAGAAGAAUUAAUCCAGACAGUGGCAGCCCUUGAGUCUCUUUCACCAAUUCGUGGUAAGUCUUCUUCCUAUUUUAUUUCUCUUCCUACUUCUAAUCAAAAGACUUUUCCUUCUGCAAUUCAGGCACCCAAAUUGGAGCUUAAACCGAUUCCUGAACAUUUGAAGUACGCAUUUUUGGGAGAGGAUGAAACAUUACCGGUCAUCAUAUUGUCAUUACUCACAGUAGAAGAGGAAGAUAAACUGAUUCGGGUACUAAAGGAUCAUAAAACUGCCAUAGCUUGGAGCAUUGCAGAUAUCAAAGGUAUAAAUCCAGCUACAUGUAUGCAUAGAAUUCUGUUGGAGGAAGGUGCAAAACCAACAAGGGAAGCUCAACGCCGUUUGAACCCACUCAUGAUGGAGGUCGUCAAGAAAAAGGUUAUCAAACUUCUUGAUGUUGGCAUCAUAUAUCCUAUCUCAGACAGCAAGUGGGUGAGCCCUAUUCAAGUAGUUCCUAAGCGAUCCAAAGUCACAAUUGUUAAGAAUGAAGCUAAAGAGCUAGUACCUACACGUGUGCAAAAUAGUUGGAGAGUCUAUAUAGACUAUCGGAAGAUAAAUAACGCCACACACAAGGAUCACUUCCCAGUCGCAUUCAUUGAUCAAAUGUUGGAAAGGUUAAUUGGGCAUUCUCAUUAUUGCUUUCUUUAUGGUUAUUCUGGAUAUAAUCAGAUUGCAAUUGCUUUGGAGAAUCAAGAAAAUACGACUUUCACAUGUCCAUUUGGCACAUUUGCAUAUCGAAUGAUGCCGUUUGGACUUUGCAACGCUCCUGCCACAUUUCAAAGGUGUAUGGUUAUAAAGGACUUCUCAAAGAUUUCUAGACCCUUAUGCCGUUUGCUUCAAAAAGAUGCAACAUUUGAUAUGAAUGAAGAGUGUGUGGUAGCAUUCAACAAGCUUAAGGAGUUGUUAUCCACGGCUCCUGUGAUCAUGCCACCAGAUUGGAGUUUACCAUUUGAGUUGAUGUGUGAUGCUUCAGACUAUGCCGUCGGUGCAGUUCUAGGGCAGCGUGUCAACAAAGUGCCAUAUGUCAUCUAUUAUGCAUCUCGAACACUCAAUGAUGCACAGUUGAAUUAUUCAACAACAGAGAAGGAGCUUUUAGCUGUUGUAUUUGCUUUAGAAAAAUUUAGAUCUUAUCUUAUUGGUACUAAAGUUAUUGUGUUUUCUGACCAUGCAGCUUUGAAGUACUUACUCACAAAAAAAGAUGCAAAACCGCGACUCAUUCGAUGGAUACUUCUGCUUCAAGAGUUUGACUUGGAGAUCAAGGAUAAGAAAGGGAGUGAGAAUGUUGUAGCAUAUCAUCUUAGCAGACUUGUGCAUUCACACACAGAGGAAGAUCUCAUCCCUUUACGUGAGAGUUUUCUGGAUGAACAAUUGUUUUCCUUAAAGGCCACUGACCCUUGGCAUGCAUAUAUUAUCAAUUACAAGGUCACCAAAAAGAUUCCGGAUGAUUUUACACGUGCUCAGAAAGAUAAGCUUGUCAAAACCGCCAAAAACUACGAGUGGGACGAUCCUUAUUUGUGGAAAUAUUGCCAUGAUCAAUUGAUUAGAAGGUGUGUCCCCGAAUAUGAGUUUAAAUCUAUCUAA